AUGGCUGACACUUACAACCCAGCACCAGUUUGGAGGGUGAGCAAUGUUCCCACAAGAGGUUUUGGACGCAAUCCUCUUCAAGACACUGCUCCGCCACCCGCAGAGGCAAUUCCCUGCAAUCCUCCCCAACUGCCCACAGGGCCACUCAUAGCCAAUGCUCCCCCACCCGCAGAGCCAAUUGCCUGCAAUGCUCCCCAACUGCCCACAGGGGCGUUCGCAGCCAAUGCUCCCCACGCCACAGCGGGGCAUGUGGUCAAUGCUCCCCAACUGCCCAUAGGAGCAUUCCCACCCAAUGCUCCCAACGCCACAGCGGGGCAUGUGGUCAAUGCUCCCCAACUCAUAGGAGCAUUCCCACCCAAUGCUCCCCACGCCACAGCGGGGCAUGUGGUCAAUGCUCCCCAACUGCCCAUAGGAGCAUUCCCACCCAAUGCUCCCCACGCCACAGCGGGGCAUGUGGUCAAUGCUCCCCAACUGCCCAUAGGAGCAUUCCCACCCAAUGCUCCCAACGCCACAGUGGGGCAUGUGGUCAAUGCUCCCCAACAGCCCACAGGGGCAUUUACAGCCAAUGCUCCCCAACUACCUAGAGGGCCACUCAUAGCCAAUCCUCCCCUACUGCCCACAGGGCCACUCAUAGCCAAUCCUCCCGUACUGCCUAGAGGGCCACUCAUAGCCAAUCCUCCCCAACCCAUAGGGGCUAUGGCCAACAAUGCUCUCCCACUUUUGUCAGUCAUGUGCCACCCUUACGUCGAACGACUGCAAAACCAAAUGGAGCUCAUUAAAAAUGAAAAUGGCUACAUAAAGGUGACCAUGCAAUCUUUGCACUCACAUGUGGUGAGCCUGCUUAAGCAAAGAGCAGACCUUCUGAACCAGCUGAGUGAGGCUGAGAAGAAAAUAGAUAUGAAGGCAAAGGACAAUGAGGACCAGGAACAGCGGGUACCACCACUCCCAAGAGAGAUGGAAAACCAGCUGAAGACAGACGCCUGCUCACAGACCGACAACAACUUCAGUGACUGCCAGCAGGAGUUAAACGAGCUGAAGGAGCUGCUCAGCCAGAGGCAAUGUGAAAUCCAGCUCCUCAACUUUGAGAAGGAAGGUCUCAUAGGUCAACUUGAUGAAAUCAAGAGAGAUGAGGCCGCAAAAUACAGCGCCCUGGAGGACAAAUUAAGAAAAGAAGUGGAAGAGGAGAAGAAGGCGCUCCAGGAAGAGAAGAACGAACUGGAGAAGGAAAAGAAAGCUCUCGAUGAGACCAAAGAAAAAGUUAAAGAGGCCAUUACACAGCUGAAGGAAAAAAAGAAAAAGAUGAAGCAAGGAGAUAAGGCACUGGAGAAAGAAAAGAAUGACCAGUACGAGCAGCUGAAGAAGGCCCACAAUGAUCUUCAGGAAGUGAAGAUGACUCUGGAGAGAGAGAAGAAAGCGUCGGAAGAAGAAAAAGCUCAAGGGGAGUCAACAAAAAAAGAAAUGGAGCAAAAGAUUAAGAAACUGGCUGAGGAGGAGAAAUACCUGUCAGAAGCAAAGAAAGAAGUGGAGAAGGAGAAGAAAGCUCUGACAAAGCAAAAGCAAGAACUGGAAGAAGAGAAGCAAGAUCUCAGCGAGGAAAAGAGCGACCUCACAGACCAGAAGAAAGAUCUGACAGCGAUGAAAGGAGAGCUGGAAGAGGAGAAGAAAGAUCUGAUAAAGGACAAGAGAGAGCUGGAAGAGGAGAAGAAAGAUCUGAUAAAGGAGAAGAGAGAGCUGGAAGAGGAGAAGAAAGAUCUGAUAAAGGAGAAGAGAGAGCUGGAAGAGGAGAAGAAAGCUCUGACUGAAGCCAAGAAACAGCUGGAAGAAGAGAGGAAAGACCUGUCAGAAAGAAAGAGAGAAACUGAGGAGAACAACAAGCUGAAGGCUCAACAGACAGAGACUAAGAAAGAAAAGAAAGAGAGGGAAAAGAAGGAGAAAGAAGACAGGAAGCAGCUUAAAAAGAAAGAGAAAGAAGAAAAGAAAGAGAGGGAAAAGAAAGAGAAAGAAGAUAGGAAGCAGCUUAAAAAGAAAGAG